AUGGCAGCUUCGUUGUUAAAAGAAUUGACGUCACGGCCAAAAAUAUUGUUCCUUGGCUUGAUUGUCUCCUUUAUUUAUCUGUUUCCAUAUUCAAAACUGUCUCCUGUAACUUUCAAUUUCCGACAGCUGGUUGGUAAUGACUCCGAGCCUCGGUUUCCGCAGAUCAGACUAUAUACCACCACAGGACCACCUAAUAAAACAGCGAUCACAGACACCACAGGACCACCGCAUAAAACAGCGAUCACGGACACCCCAAUAACACUAUUCUUGAGAAUGUCAGGCAGUCGGCAGGAUCACUUGUUUCGUUUUUAUUGUCACCUUUACAGGACUUUUGUUCUGUAUUGGCCUCCUUCCCUUGGAAAAUUUGUUAUAGUUCUUGAUAAAGAAGGAAAGGACGAUUACAAAUUUUCUGCAAAAGUAACAAAUGAAACGAAGUCUUAUUUUCCAGAUUAUAAGAUCGAAGUACUGUAUGAGCCCCUCCCCCAAAGAGACGACAUAUUGGACGUUAACGACGGUCAUCCUAGGGGUUACACCAGGCAGCUUUGGAGCAGUUUCUUUAUUGAUCAGUAUACAAAUGACUCCAUAAUUGCUUGGAUGGACAGUGAUACUGCCUUUCUCACUCCAGUAACUAAAUCUACGAUUUUUGCCGGCACGAAGCUACGGGCUAUAGCCACUCAGCCUGAACUCACAAGCUUUAGGCAUUGGGUGAAGCAUUGGAUGGUAACUAAUGAAAUUGCUCUAGGAUUGCCGUUUGUUGCUGAUUUCAUGACUUAUUUCCCGGUAUACAUAUACCGGGACACCUUUACGCACUGCAGAGAAUACAUACUAAAAAGAUUUAACUCAACUGAUCUUGAAGAAGUCUUUCCAAAGUUCUUCGAGACGAACGGGACAGAGAGAUUGGAGCUAUCCCCUGUCAACAUUGUUCUCAAUUAUGCUUGGUAUUUUGAAAGAGAUCGCUACGACUGGAGUUUCGAGAUCACCAGGAAUCUAACAGAAUAUAAUGAAGAGUUCCUAAAAGGCUAUGCUAUUGGACCUGAAUAUGUAAGAACGAUACUGGCGGAACCUCAAACAGCCUUCCAUUCAAUGAAAACAAAGGGAAUGUGGAUAUGGUCAAAGAUUCUUAUCAGUUACUGCUUGUCACACCGAGCAGCGGGAAAUACUACGGUAGAUAUAUGCACCAAUCAUAUGCCUAACGCGGCGUUCAAGGAUAAUUUUCCUCUUUUUAACUAUGAUCUUCAGUUUAUUACAGAUCUUCUUAGAUCCCCUUGCAAUGCCGGCAACAAUACCUUUACCUGCCUGCGAAUCCUAGAGCGUCAUUACAACCAAGUUGGUCUUGAGAUUAAACAAGGGCGUAAGUUGGAAUGGCGCAAUAUAGAAACGGUUGAACAGAUUGCUAAGAACUCUGGUAUAACAUGUAAUCCAAUUUACAAUUAG